UGUGUGUGAUAAGUGUGUGAGCUGUGCUCUCUGACGGUCUGUGGCCCAGUGCGUCGCUUGGCCAAAGUCAGUUGGUGCAAUACCAGCCUAGAAUGAGCUGGUUAGCUCCAUAAGCUCCACACGGAAUUCCCAUAAUUAUUUUUGCGUAUCAUAUAAUUUUUUUAAUGUGGGCGUGCUCAAGUGCAAAUUGAAAUUGGUAUUAAAAACACGCGCUAUUGAAAAGCAAAACAAGUGUUGUAAAAGAGAGCAAUAUUGGUGAACAUGUGCCCAAUCAGAGCUUAGGCAUGCAACUGAUCCUUCCAACACUGGCAGCUGUGCUGCGACUGCAGCUCCUCUUGAUCUGCAGCUGGCAACUAGUGUACGCAUUGGUGCCGUUGCGGCGCAACAUAAUCAAGGUGCGGACGAGCGGCUUUCUGCCAUUUGAAUCGGAUCUGGUGCUGCCGCUGGGCAUAUUGCGUCAGCUGCAGGCACAGGAGCGUGUCUCGCGCCUGCUGCCCCAACAGCCGGCGCUGCGCUACGCGAAGCCGGCGCGUAGGAAACCCAAGCCAAAGGUCAAGCAACAGGUGCGCCUGGAGCGCGCCCAUAUGCGCGGCCACAGCGAUGCGGAUGCGGGCAUCCAAAUGUACAAUCUGAUCGAUGACGAUGGCGAGCUGCUGCUCAAUCUGCGCGUGCACAGCGACACCGCGAGCAACAUCAUCGGCCCGGACAGCGGCACGCCCUGGCGACCAUCGAAGUGGCGGCCCACAACUGCUGCACCAUCGAUAACAUCAUCCUCGCCGCGCCCACUGCCGCUCCAUCAAUACCUGAGCGGCAACAGCGUGGAGCAGGCGGCAACAAUGACACAGCAGCGACGCAUGUUUGGCGCUCGACAAGAUUGGAUCUACAAGUAAUAACCAGGCGCAGCCCCAAGAGCCCACAUCUUUAAUUACAAAUCUUUAACUUAUCUUUACACACAUACAUUUAUUGUUAACCACACGCACCAGCACACACGCACACAUUCACAACCACAAGCAGCAAAUACAUUUUACUCAAGAAGAAGAAAUCGUGAAGAAAUGGGCCUAUUAAUCAGCUCGUUUAGCUCAUUAGGCGUAUAGUAAUGGGCUGCCUGAUGAGCUCCAAGCCGAUGGAUGACAACAACAAACCAAAACCAGUUGCACUUUUCAAAAUAUGCUGCUGCUGCGCUUAAAACCCAUUGAGAAUUAUAAUAAUUGAAUAAUGAACGUGAAACCUGAGUAAAACAUGAAUAUCAAUGAGCUGAUGAUUAAUAA